ACUUACAGUACUACUACGUAACGCAGUAUCUUAGGUUAUGAAAUCAACAUGUUUCCCAUGCAGUUUUAAAAUACAGGAGCGCAGCGCUAGAGAAUCUAAACACUAUGAUGUUACUUCAUCUUCUUAUUGCGUUAAUGACACUAUGUGUGGGUGAGUGUUACACCAUCAGAAGCUCGGUCUCAUGGGCUGUCACGAAAGAUGUGGUGGAUGAAGAGCUGGACACGCACUCGGACGAGGCGCCCGCUGUGCUCGUCGAUAAUAUUGGGAUCUGGAAACAAGCCUAUCCCUCCUCUGUGUAUCAGGACGCUUCAGAGAAGAAAGCUGACCAGAGAUCGAAAAGUGAGGACGUUUCAUCGGCGUCCCGUGUGUUUUCAUACCGAAUGGAGGAGGUGAAAGCCCCGUCCAGUGUCCCGGAGCCUCCGCCACAUGAAGAGACAGCGAGAGUGGCCCGAUAUAUGGCCCAUUACAGCGACUGGGGUCACCUCGCCACAAUCUCCACGCAAGAUCAGAUAAAAGGACUUCCAUUUGGAAACAUCUUCUCUGUCAGUGACGGUCCUCUUGACAAUAGCACUGGAGUUCCUUAUUUCUAUGUUACGCCCAUGGACAACACUGUAACGGAUCUGCGCAGCUUUCCUUUUGCUUCCUUAACGUUUUCUGAGGCAGAGGGAGAUUUCUGCAGGAAGCAGGUUUAUGACCCUGAGGACCCUAGGUGUGCUAGACUCACUUUGACUGGUAAAAUGGUGGAAGUGGGACCAGAGGAGCUUGACUUUGCCAAGGAGGCUAUGUUCUCCAGACAUCCUGUCAUGAAGAAGUGGCCCCAUGGACAUAAGUGGUUUUUCAUGAAGCUGGUUCUGCAGCAAGUUUGGUUACAGGACUGGGUUGGAGGAGUCUCUCUUAUUCCGCUUGAAGAGUAUUUCAAAGCGACACCUUUCUGAGGAAAUAAACAAUAACAUUCUAUAAUUAACAUAGUAAAAGCAUAACUGAACUGAAUAAAGACAGAAGUUGGUUACAAUUUUUGUUAUGAACUGCUUCCAACAAGAUGCACUUGCCCUGGCCAUGACCCUGGUUUAGUGUCACAGGGCUUUUCUCCCAAACAUAUUCCUGAGGAUUUAUUGAAUGUAUGAAUUAUCUGAACAGUGCAUAUACAGUGCAGUACAGUAAUUCCAAAAACGCUCAAGGUUGGGGGCAUUUAUCACAUACUGUAUGCUAAGUAGCACACUUUAAGUUUCAUAAUUUUUGUGUCAAAGGAAAGUUAUUAAUUCAUUACACACAAACAUUCAAAUCACUCAUAUCGAAUUAUACCACAGGCCUUAACAAAGGAAGGUAAUCUGUAUCCUAGAUACUUUAGUGCACAAAAGAAAGGCAUAUACAUACAGUAUACUAGUAAGUGGAGAUUUGAUUUGUCUGUUUUUUUCUGAAACAUAAUUUACAUUGUUAAGGGUUUGAAAUUUCAUCAACCGCUGAAAUGUGGAGUAUAAGUUAGCACUUUUGUAUUUUUCAUUGGUAUUGAUAGGGUCUAAUGCAUUCCUACAGUUCAUGUUCAUUUUCAUGUCUGCAUUUAUCUCUAAAGGAAAGUGACAUACAUGACCUCACUAUCUAAAUGAAUUAUAUCUAACAUCUGUUUGUGCCUUGCAAUACUUUUUAACAUUGUAAUACAUGUGCUGCACAAAUAAAAUAAAAAGUAUUAAUAAUAUACAGUA